AGAAGCAGAAGACCCCGCUUUGGUCUGCAGUCCAGCCCAGUGCAGUGUUGGUAGAGAAACCUAUACAGGAGCUGAGCUGCAGAAGGGUACUGCUCCCAUUGUUCCCAUUCUUCCACUUUCUGGAAUAAAAAACACAUUUGGAGAUUCCAUCAAGAGGAACUUUAGACUGCUGAAAACAGGAAUUGUUCAGUAUAAGAACAUGGCAUCUGAAAAAGAUUCCAGUGCUCAGCAAACAUCCACUGGUGUUAUCCACACUAACACAUCUUGCAGAAGAAUGCAGAACAGCAAGAGAAAGGCGAGAAGUCACCACUGCUUGGUGUGUGGAAAGAGUUUUACUCGGCAAAGUAAUCUCCAACAACACCAGCUUAUUCACACAGGAGAGAAGCCGUAUCAGUGCUGUGACUGUGGGAAGAAAUUUAGUCGGCAGAGUAACCUCCAGCAACACCAGCUCAUUCAUGCGAGAGAGCAGCCGUAUCAGUGCUCUGAUUGCGGGAGGGCUUUUAACGUCAUGGAUAAUCUCAAAAAACACCAGCGCAUUCACUCUGGAGAGAAGUCGUAUCUCUGCUCAGACUGUGGGAAGAGUUUUAUUUAUCUGAGCAUUUUCAAAAUGCACCAGCGCAUUCACAGAGGCGAGAAAUCGUAUCGCUGCUCAGAGUGUGGAAAGAGCUUUAGUUACGAGAGUAUCUUCAAAAUACACCAGCGCAUUCACACGGGAGAGAAAUCGUACCACUGCUCGGAGUGUGGGAAGAUUUUUGUUUAUCAGAGUAUGUUCAAAAUGCACCAGCGCGUCCACAGAGGCGAGAAGAAGCAUCACUGCUCAUACUGUGGAAAGAGUUUUACCUACGAGAGCAUUUUCAAAAUACACCAGCGCUUUCAUACGGAAGAGAAGCCGUAUCAGUGCUCAGAGUGUGGAAGGAGUUUUACUUCAUGGAGUAAUCUGCAAGAACACCAGCGCAUUCACGCGAGAGAGAAACCGUAUCGCUGCUCAGACUGCGGGAAGAGUUUUACUCAGCAGAAGCUUUUCCAGGUACACCAGCGUGUUCACACAGGAGAGAAACCGUAUCGCUGCUCUGAGUGUGGUAAGACUUUCAUUUCACGGAGUAACCUGAAAGAACACCAGCGCAUGCAUACAGGAGAAAAACCGCAUUGCUGCUCAGACUGCGGGAAGACUUUUACUCAGCAGAAGCUCCUCUACAUACACCAGCGUGUUCACACAGGAGAGAAACCGUAUCGCUGCUCGGAGUGCGGAAAGAAAUUUAACCAUCACAGUAAUCUCCUACAACACCAGCGAGUCCACACCGGAGAGAAGCCGUAUCCCUGCUCGGAAUGUGGCAGGAGUUUUAGUCGACACAGUAAUCUCCAAAGACACCAGCGCAUUCACACUGGAGAGAAACCGUAUCACUGCUCAGAGUGCGGAAAGAGUUUUAAUCAGCUGGGUAUUCUCCAGCAACACCAGCGUGUCCACACGGGAGAGAAGCCGUAUCAGUGCUCGGACUGUGGAAAGAGCUUUAAUCAGCAGAGCAGUCUCCAGUCGCACCAGUACGCUCACACGGGAGAGACGCCGUUUCACUGUUCAGAGUGUGGGAAAAGUUUUUCAAGCAGAAAUAGUCUAAUGACGCACAAGCGCAUUCACACAGGAGCGAUGCCGUAUCGCUGCUCGGAGUGUAAACGGAGUUUCAGUUUUCAUCGACAGAGCACUCUGAAGAGACACCGGCGCAUUCACACCGGCGAGAAGCCGUAUCAGUGCUCAGAGUGCGGGAAGACUUUUACUCAGAAGAGUAAUCUGGGACAGCACCAGCACAUUCACACGGGAGACAAACCGUAUCGCUGCCCAGACUGCGGGAAGAGUUUUAAUCGGCAUAGUCUCCUCCAGCUACAUCAGCGUUUUCACACGGGAGAGAAACUGUAUUACUGCUCGGAGUGCGGGAAGAGUUUUAAUCAACAUAUUAAUCUCCAAAAACACCAGCGCAUCCACACUGGAGAGAAGCCGUAUCACUGCUCAGAGUGCUGGAAGAGUUUCACUAAUCAGAGCCACCUCAGAGACCACCAGCGCAUCCACACAGGAGAGCAGCCGUAUCACUGCUCAGAGUGUGGGAGGAGUUUUAACCGACAGAGUAGCCUCCAAAGACACCAGCGCCACAUCCACACAGGAGAUAAGCCCUUUCGGUGCUCGGAGUGCGGGAAGAGCUUUACUCAACUGAAUAAUCUCAAAAUACACCAGCGCACCCACACGGGAGAGAAGCCGUAUCACUGCUCGGACUGUGGAAAGAGCUUUAAUCGGCAGAGUACUCUUCAGCAACAUCAGCACAUCCACACAGGAGAGAAGCCGUAUCACUGCGCAGAGUGCGGGAAAUGUUUUCACAGGCAGAGUCAUCUCCAGCAACACCGGCGCAUCCACACAGGAGAGAAGCCGUUUCAGUGCUUGGAGUGUGGGAAGAGCUUUACUCAACAGAGUAAUCUCCAGCAGCACCGGCACAUCCACACAGGAGAGAAGCCGUAUGAGUGCGCAGAGUGUGGGAAGAGUUUUAAUCGCCAUAGUCUCCUCCAACUACAUCAGCGCAUUCACACGGGAGAGAAUCUGUAUUACUGCUCGGAGUGUGGGAAGAGUUUUAAUCAGCAGAGUAAUCUGCAGCAACACCAGCGCAUCCACACCGGAGAGAAGCCAUAUCACUGCUCAGAGUGUUGGAAGAGUUUCACUAAUCAGAGCCACCUCCAAGACCACCAGCGCAUCCACACGGGAGAGAAGCCGUACGAGUGCUCCGAGUGUGGGAGGAGUUUUAACCGACAGAGUAGCCUCCAAAGACACCAGCGCGUUCACAGAGGAGAGACUCUGUAUUAAGGCUUUGUAUGUAUGUAGGCAGAACUGCAGGCAUAUGAGUACCUUGAAGCGGAACCGACAUGAGUUGAACUUAAAUUAUGUAACCUUGUUUUUUAGUUUCUCUUUUAAACAGUAGUUCUGCAAAAAAACUAAUUUUUCUCCAUACGCUAAAAGUAGUCCAUCAGCUAAGACAUGUUUGGUGCCUGAAGUUUGCCACUUUAGUUUUGUACUGGGGCUUCAAUGCAAAUGUAGGCUUAGACUGCACCUCUGCCGUCGUGCACACUGAAUGUCUAAACGGUCACACCCUCGUCUUCAUUAAGAAAACAAGUCAUGAAUGUGUAAAUUCUAUGUGUAAACGAAUAAAUACAGUAGCUAAAGAGAAAUCAAAAAUAAGAGCUUUUGUAUUAUCACACCCCUUUUGCGGAUUGUAACUUCCACUUAUUCUAUUUUGUGUCUUUGAGUCCUGUGGUACAUUAUAUGGACAAAGUAUGGACACCUCCACAUCACACCCCUGGAGCUUCUAUGAAUCCUGUUCUAAAUCCAUAUGCGAUAAUAUGGAGUUGGUCCCCCUUUGCAGCUACAACAGGUUCCACUAUUCUGGGAAGCUUUCUACAAGAUUUCAGAGUGUGUUUGUGGGAAUUUUUGUCUGUUCAUCCAGGAGCAUUUGUGAGGU